UAAUAUCACACCACGAGGCCCCUGGUAAUAUCACACCACGAGGCCCCUGGUAAUACCACACCACGAGGCCCCUGGUAAUACCACACCACGAGGCCCCUGGUAAUACCACACCACGAGGCCCCUGGUAAUACCACACCACGAGGCCUCUGGUAAUACCACACCACGAGGCCCCUGGUAAUACCACACCACGAGGCCCCUGGUAAUACCACACCACGAGGCCCCUGGUAAUACCACACCACGAGGCCUCUGGUAAUUCCCUUGUCACGAUUGGGUCAAUAUACUUCUUCCUCUUUACUCUACUUUCUACUCUGUUCACAUGAAGAACAGCUGCCAUUCAGCCUGUUUGUGCCUCCAUAUCAUCUGGAGUGCUUGAUAUCCUUACAAACAUGAAUACACAUGCUGAAAAGUAUUCAUCCUGUUGAUCAAAUAAAUUCAUAUUUACACAUUUCGAAGAGACGCUUGCACCCACACACACGCACUCAGAAUAAAUGUAGGAGGGGUUGCUUGCGGUGCAGGAAAUGAUAAGUGUGUGUCUGGGUAUUGGCUGUGGCAGAAGCUGCACACUUCUGCCUAGUCGGCCGUAGUUGACGCAACAGAGAAAUAUAUCUAAUACUUGUUGAGUUUCAUUCUCUGGCUGACCUGACACAUGGCUCUGGAGUCACACAGGGGACCAACGUCCCUCCUGAAACACCACUGACGACUGAGAAUUAAGAGCACUUCCAUCUGGUACCUUCACCCAAACCCUCACCUGCUGUGCUUCAGAUUUACACUUCCUGUUACUCACCAUCAUGUCGUGGUCGGAGGGUGUGAACUCCACUCUGAACCUCGACUCCAACACCUCCUCCUCCCUGGUCUGCACCAACCUGUACGACCACCGCCCCGUCGCCCGCGUCCUCAUGUCUCUCCACUACAGCCUGGUCUUCACGCUCGGCCUCCUAGGUAACGCCCUGGCACUGCACGUCAUCAGACCCAACCUGGCCCAGAUCAACUCUACCACGCUCUACUCUGCCAACCUGGCCGCCUCCGACGUCCUCUUCACUCUGGUCCUGCCGCUGAGGAUAGCCUACUACGCCCUAGGUUUCCACUGGCCCCUGGGGGAGACCCUGUGUCGCGUCACCGCCCUUCUGUUCUACGUCAACACCUACGCAGGGGUCAAUUUCAUGACCUGCCUGGCCGUAGACCGCUUCGUAGCCGUGGUUCUCCCUCUACGUUACACCAGGCUCUGCCGGGCCCGGACCAUCCGCUACGUCUGCGUAGGGGUGUGGGUUCUAGUCCUGGUCCAGACGUUACCCCUCCUCUCCGUGACCAUGACCCGGGCCGAGCCGGACGGGACCACCACCUGCAUGGAGUACCCCAACUUUGAGAACGGGGCCGUGGAGGGACUCCCCUACGUCCUCAUUGGAGCCGUCGUCAUGGGAUACGGCGUCCCCGUUGCAACCAUCCUGUGUUGCUACUUGGUGUUGCUUUGGAAGCUGCGGUUGGUGACGAGAAGUAGGGUCGGUGGGCGAGGUCAGAGGUCAUUGAGGAGCCAGAAGGCGACGGGGGUGAUAGCAGGGGUAGUGUUGGUGUUUGUAGUGUGUUUCAGUCCCUAUCACAUCAACAUCCUGCAGUAUAUGAUCCGAAAGCUGAGAUACACACCAGACUGUACCGAGCUCCAGGCCUUUCAGAUGUCUCUACACUUCACUGUGUGUCUCAUGAACUUCAACUGCUGCCUGGACCCUUUUGUCUACUUCUUUGCCUGUAAGGGUUACAAGAGGAGGGUGAUGAAGAUGUUGAGGGUUCAGGUCAGCGCCUCUUUCUCCAGCGUGGUCCGAACCGGGGAGGACACCCCCUUCAAACGGGGGGGGACCCGGGACAGGAGGAGCAGGCUGGGUAGCCACACAGCUUGUCCUGUUGCUUUAGAUGACGUUACCAAGACCAUUCCUGAGCCGGAGACCGAGACAGGAGCCACAUCCAACCAACUACCCCUGAGACAGGAGCCACAUCCAACCAACUACCCCUGAGACAGGAGUCACAUCCGGCUGAGUAGCCCCAGAGCCUGUCCUGGUCCUUGAGAUGACCCCUACUAGGCCAUAGAGACACAGAACCACUAGUCUAGACACACUUAUUUGUCCUGUGUUGUAUUCAUACCAAACAGAAGAAAAAGGCACUGAAACAGAAAGGGACCACCUGAACUUGUCCAAUAAGAAAUGCUUGUUUUCAUUUUACUUCCUUGCUCACUCUGCUAUUUCAAAACGAAUGUGAAAAAGAUGGAAAUCAAGGUCCCAUAAACACAAGAAAACAGCAGUGCCUUUACAAGGUUCCAGAACUAAAAGGGCCUCCCACAGAACAGGAUGCUGUAUGCAGAGAUACAAUCCUACCUUUACAAGGUUCCAGAACUAAAAGGGCCUCCUACAGAACAGGAUGCUGUAUGCAGAGAUACAAUCCUACCUUUACAAGGUUCCAGAACUAAAAGGGCCUCCUACAGAACAGGAUGCUGUAUGCAGAGAUACAAUCCUACCUUUACAAGGUUCCAGGACUAAAAGGGCCUCCCACAGAACAGGAUGCUGUAUGCAGAGAUACAAUCCUACCUUUACAAGGUUCCAGGACUAAAAGGGCCUCCUACAGAACAGGAUGCUGUAUGCAGAGAUACAAUCCUACCUUUACAAGGUUCCAGAACU